AUUUCCAAGAAAAAUAAAAACUGUAAAUAAUCAAUCGCUCGAGAUUGGCAACCCUCAGACGGAAUCUUGAAUUCCCUUUGUUUCUUCGUCCCCAUCUUCAUCCAUCCUCGAUUACUGCAAGCUUAACACUGCACUCAAUCUCAACUGACAUCCACUUAUUAAAUUAUUCCUGGGAAAGAUUUACAGGGUGUGCGUUUGCGUGUGUCUAUAUAUAUCUGGAAAAUGCCGUCGCAUAUACUCCCGGUAUCGACUCCCAGCAGCCCUCCUUCCCCGUCGCCGUUGGCGCCUUCUCAGAUGACCAGAAGCGCGCCGUCAUCGGCGGCAAUGCUGAUCGGAUCGGAGGACGAUUUGGGGGCGGGGGCCACGAGGAUUGCCAUGCCUCCAUCUGUGGAGGAGAAUCGGAAACAUGAGAUGAGGCCAUUGAUUUCGAGGACCUUGAGUCAGACGGACGCUGCUGCGAAUUUGAAUUCGAAUUUGAAUUUGAAUAUGAAUAUGAAUUUGCAUUUGAAUUCGUUUCAGCAGAAACGGCGGCGGCGCGCGGCGAGUGAUACCUCCCUUUUAACGCUAACGGCCGGAGAGCGGCGAUCUUUCCGGCAGAACAUGGGGGAUGCUGCGUCGGACACCUAUUUGAUUACACGGCUUAGCUUUACGUUACUGCGGUAUCUUGGGGUAGGCUACAGAUGGAUCACUAGAUUUCUUGCCCUUGGCUUUUAUGCUUUCCUUCUUUUCCCUGGUUUUGUUCAAGUUGGAUAUUAUUACUUCUUCUCUAAAAACAUUCGACGUGGUAUAGUUUAUGGAGACCUGCCCAGGAAUAGGCUCGAUCUAUAUUUACCAAAAAAUAGGGAAGGGCCAAAGCCAGUUGUUGCAUUUGUGACGGGUGGAGCCUGGAUUAUUGGUUACAAAGCAUGGGGUUCUCUUCUCGGACAACAAUUAUCAGAAAGGGAUAUUAUAGUGGCUUGCAUAGAUUACAGGAACUUUCCUCAAGGAACUAUCAGCAACAUGAUCAAAGACGCCGCCCAAGGAAUCUCGUUUGUGUGCAAUCAUAUCGCUGAAUAUGGAGGGGAUCCUAACAGAAUAUAUCUUAUGGGGCAGUCGGCCGGCGCCCACAUUGCUUCCUGUGCUCUACUAGAACAGGCGAUUCAAGAAGCCUCCGGAAGCAAGAUUUCUUGGAGCGUCUCCCAAAUUAAAGCAUAUUUCGGUUUAUCUGGAGGGUACAAUUUUUACAGUUUGGUAGAUCACUUUCACAGCCGCGGAUUGUACCGCUCGAUUUUUCUUAGCAUAAUGGAGGGAGAAGAGUCAUUACAACGAUACUCUCCGGAAGUGAUGGCGCAGGAUCCAAGCAAUCGGGCUGCUGUCUCUCUGCUGCCGCCUAUAAUUCUCUUCCACGGGACAGCAGAUUAUUCGAUUCCCUCCGAUGCCAGCAAAAGUUUUGCCGAGGUUCUUCGAAGCCUGGGGGUUCAGGCAGAGUCGAUUCUUUACGAGGGGAAAACGCACACGGAUUUGUUCCUUCAGGAUCCAAUGAGAGGCGGUAAGGACGACAUGUUCGAAGAUUUGGUGGCUCUGAUUCACGCCGGCGACUCGGAGGCUCUGGCGAAGGACAGCACGGCGCCGCCGAGGCGGCGGCUGGUGCCGGAAUUUAUGCUGAAAUUGGCCCGCGCCGUCAGCCCCUUUUGAUCAUCACUCUACUUGGAUCAUGGCAAGAAAAUGUUCAUGAAUUAUUUCUACAUUCAUUUGGGAAACCUUGUAUAUAUAUAUAUGUAUCAUACAUGUAUGUACGUGUGUAUGGUUUUUUGAUGGCUUCAGCUAAUUCAUUGUUUGAGCAACGUUUGGUGUAAGAAUAGAUAGUAUGCCAGGCCGGUGCUGAAGUCCCGGAGCUUCCUAGGAAUUACUGAGGGUCCUUUUUGAAGAGCUA